AUGGUCAACUCAGCCACUGUUUUAAUCUACCCGAAGACAAAAGCUAUUCUCACUGUGGUAUUAAGUGGGACGGCGGUUGGUGAACUCAUUAUCAUCGUCAUAUUCAUCGCCCUUUACGCGUACAAUGUUCGAUGGAAGAAAAGUAGCGCAAGGAUUGCGGCAACACUCUCACAUAAAUAUCAGGUUGAGCAAAAUAUCGAAUCCGCGUUGAAACUGGUGCCUCUAGCUGCAGCGAAUGCCACAUGCAAUCUGGUAUCCACAUUGGCUGUUAUUUGCUCAUUCAACUAUGCACCGAUCAAAAAUUUACCGUUUUUUUAUUUCGAUAUAACGCCGUUCUAUUAUCUCGCUCUACCAAUCAUCAUCUAUUGGAGACGUUACGUUGCAAGACAGUCUCGUGUGCAGUCGAUCGCAGCGUCGAAUUGUAAUGAGGGCAGUAAUCACUUCGAAAUGUUAAGAGCGGUCUUCAAUGGCAAAUCCAGUCGUUAA